GCGGCGGCGGCGGCAGCGGGCCUGCUGCUGCUCCUCCCAGCAUCCCUGGCGCGGCCAUUUCAGCCCCAUCUUGGCCGAGGGGAGGGAGCUGCAGCCGCCGCUUCAGCAGUUUGAAUUUCAGUUUCUCCGGGGUUUAUGGACCGGGCGUGCUGAAGAGGACCUGAAGAAGCCGCCGUCGCUACCUCAUACAGCCGGAGCGCCUCGGCUCGCCGGCGAGCCGCCAGCCGCCGCCGCCCCUCACUCCGCGGAGCCGCGAGGGGAGGCCGAGACUGUCGCCGCCGCCCGCCUGCGGGGGAGGCUCCCUGAGAGGGGAAGACCAGCCGGCUCUCCCCUCCCCCGGAGCGGGCUUCCGCCUCAGACGGUCGGCAUGUCCCUGGGGCUGAGCUCCGGCUAGAGCCGGGGAGCGAGGGCCGCCCGCCCGCGCGCAGCCUGCCUGCGGUCCUCCAGCCAGCCCGGCCCGCGGCUCCAGACCCGCCGCUCCUCCCUCCCUCCCUCCGUGGCGGGGAGCCGGGCGCCGCCGCCGGCACCGGCCCGAGGCGCACGAGCGGGGCAGCGCCGCCCCCCACGCCGCCGCCUCCCCUCCGCCCUCCCACUCCCACCCCGGCCUGGGCCUGCUGAACGCGUGAGCGCCGAGCGACUGACCGCGGCAGCCGGGGCCGGGGCGGAGGCAGCGGCAGCGGCCCGCCCCUGGGAUCGCGCUCUCCGUCGCUGAGGGACUGAAUUGAGGCGCCGCGGCUGCUGCGGUGAAAAGGAAGGAGGAGCCGCCGCGGGAGUGAGACUAGGGGCCGAGCCCGACGCCUGGAGGAAACGGCGAGGAGGAUGUCGCUCCGAGCGGCCGGCCGCCCGAUCAGCCCGUGACUACCGCGACGGGCCUCAGACCCCAGCGUCGACUCGGACUUUGUCUUCGGGGCCCGGCUCUGCCCUGCCCGGUUUCCCUCAGGACCCGGAGGAGCCGGCGUGCCUCUCUGCCAUCCAGCCUUCUUCACCAUGUCCAAGAUGCCGGCCAAGAAGAAGAGCUGCUUCCAGAUCACCAGUGUCACCACUGCCCAGGUGGCCACUAGCAUCACCGAGGACACCGAGAGCCUGGACGACCCGGACGAGUCACGCACAGAGGACGUCUCCUCCGAGAUAUUCGACGUAUCUCGGGCCACAGACUAUGGUCCUGAGGAAGUCUGCGAGCGCAGCUCCUCCGAGGAGACACUCAAUAAUGUUGGGGAUGCGGAGACUCCCGGCGCCGUCUCCCCAAACCUCCUCCUAGAUGGGCACCUGGCUGUUGCCACGGCUCCCGCCAACGGAGGAGGAGCCGUUCCAGCCCGGAGCGUGGCCGGGGGGCUUGCCAAUACCCUGGCAGCGGCUGCCACUCCAGCUGCCACUCCAGCCCCCACCCCCGGAGCCCCUGGCGGCCCCCCGGGCGCGGGAUCCUCUGCCGGAACAGGGGCUGCAGCUCCUUCUCAGCCCCCCACCACUUGCAGCUCCCGUUUCCGCGUGAUCAAACUAGACCACGGGAGUGGGGAGCCGUACCGACGCGGCCGAUGGACGUGUAUGGAAUACUAUGAGCGGGAUUCCGACAGCAGCGUCCUAACUAGGUCCGGGGAUUGCAUUAGACACAGUAAUACUUUUGAGCAGACUGCGGAGCGGGACAGCGGCCUCGGCGCGACCGGAGGGUCGGUGGUGGUGGUGGUGGCCUCCAUGCAGGGGGCGCACGGGCCCGACUCGGGAGCUGACAGCUCCUUGACUGCUGUGUCACAGCUACCCCCGUCGGAGAAAAUGAGCCAGCCCACUCCGGCCCAGCCGCAGAGUUUUAGCGUUGGGCAGCCGCAGCCGCAGCCGCAGCCGCCGCCCGUAGGUGGGGCUGUGGCUCAAAGCUCGGUUCCGCUGCCGCCGUUUGCAGGAGCAGCAGCCGGGCAGCAGCCAAUGAUAGCAGCCGCACAGCCAAGCCAGCUACAGGGUGCCGGGCCCGGCGGCUCCCCUCCGGGUCCGAGUGGACCAGGUCUGCCGCCGUCGAGUGUAGCCCUGGCGCAGCCGCCUGCGUCCCUACCUCCGCAGCCGGUCCCGGCAGUCGUUGCUCCUGCCACGCAACAUUCCCAGCACUUCGCCUAUCCCCAGCCUCCGAUCCAGCCUGGGCAUUUGCUGCCGGGCCAACCCUCCGGCCAAAGUGAGUACUUGCAGCAGCAUGUGGCCGGCUUCCAGCCCGCAAGCCCCGCGCAGCCUUCUUCCACCAGCGCCGGAACGACCGGCCCUACUGCGGCCAACUUUCCGGUGGGCUCUGGCCCCAGUGCCCCUUCGGUGGGGGUGCAGAUCAGGGGCACGUCUUCCCAGCCUAGUGAAGCUGUGGCUCCGGGACUAGCACCAGGAGGGCAGGCCGCGCCUUGUCAGCCGGCAGGGGUGUCGCCGGCUGCAGUAGGAGGCGUGGUGCAGCCGGGCGUGGGUUCUGCCGGCGCUGGGCAGACGCAGUCCGUGCCUCCGCCGCAGAUUGGUGGCAGUGGUCAGCUGUCAGCUGUGCCUGGUGGUCCUCACGCCGUGGUGCCCGGAGUUCCAAACGUGCCUGCAGCCGUGCCCGCUCCAAGCGUGCCUAGUGUGUCUACUACUUCUGUUACUAUGCCAAAUGUACCUGCGCCUCUGGCCCAGUCGCAGCCACUGAGCAGCCAUACACCAGUCAGCAGGAGCAGCAGUGUAAUCCAGCACGUUGGGCUGCCCUUAGCGCAAGGCACACACAGUGCACCAACAAGUCUACCACAGUCUGACCUAAGUCAGUUUCAGACUCAGACCCAGCCUUUAGUCGGGCAAGUCGACGAUACUAGAAGAAAAUCAGAACCCCUACCUCAACCACCACUUUCUCUCAUUGCUGAAAAUAAGCCUGUUGUGAAGCCUCCUGUUGCAGAUUCCCUGGCAAACCCUCUUCAGUUAACACCUAUGAACAGUCUUGCCACCUCUGUGUUCAGCAUAGCUAUUCCUGUUGAUGGUGAUGAAGACAGUUUUCAAUUCCAGAAAAUCAGUGAGCCUUCUGGUUACUUUAAAAAAAUGGAGAAGAAAGAAAAUCCUUGUAAGGAAUCUCCUCUUUGUAUCUGGAAAGGCUGGAGAGAUAAAGGUGAAAUGUCAAAUCCAGGUUUUGAAGAUCAUUAAGAAUGAACUCAAUGUUCAGCUUUUUAGUGAAAGGGUAUCAUGAAGCUUUCCACUGACUUCUCUAAGAUAACCUUUUUGUUUAAGCAAAAAAAGUAUUGGAAAGAUGCUUUUACCUUCCAUAAGUCUUUUUACUAUGGGAAAAGGAGGUGUGAAAUUCUUUCAUAUUAGUAAAAAUUUUAGUAAAAGUGUAAAUGUCAGUAGUUGGCUCCCUCUAUGUAAGGGAUGCUUUAAUUAAUAGUUGGAGUGAAAACUGGUGUUUUGUUACACCAUUUAGUACAAGUUGAUGUUCGACUAUGGUUUAAAGGAAAAUUUUUAGUGAUUUUGAGGAAAUGGUACAUGGAAGUUUGAUAUAUAUUGCAAAUUUCCCUGCUUGUUACAGUGUUUUUAAAAACAACAGAGAAAAUCUCAUAUUUUACAGUUCCACAUGAACUUAAUUGAAGUUUUUGAGGGGUUGUUUUUAGAUGUGUUAAAAGAUAAAAAUUAUGUUUAUGGGUUCUAGAAUAAGUGGUUUGUAGAAGAAUAUACAAUGUGAUGUUAAAAUUCUUUUUCUUCCUGCUUUUUAGUUUUUUUAACUUACCAUUUCAAAAUUAGCCUUAUGUUUUUGUUAGAUUGUUCUUUCUGAAAAAUGCUCACUAAAAUUCAUUCAUCUUCUCUGCUUUUUGUAAUUUAAGUUCAUCUUUUUUUGUAGGUGACUUGCUUGUGGGACUCAUGUUUCACUUGAGAACUCUUAGAGAAUAAUAUAAAUGAGCUCAGCUAGCUAAUUGUUGAGAGAUUUUAUAUGGAUGUGAUCACCAAGUAAAGAAUCUGAUUCCACAAGCCACUCAGAAAAAUUCCUCUGUUUUUCUGAUUGCUCACAUUUUCACACAUCUGGACACACUUGAAUAACUUGAAAUAAACUUGUUUAUUUUUUACGUUUGCUAAUAGUUAACAGAAAUAGCAGGAAUCUUCCUUUUGCCAGAAGCCAGAAGCCAGUUUUUCCUGAUAAGUUUGUAAAUAACCUUUUCUUACCUUACAUUCCUGUACAUUGCCCCAUAUUUCUUCAAGAAAUGACUGGUUUCCUAGCCUCCCUUCUUUCCUUAAACAUGUGUGUGUAUCUUUGAAUGAAGAAUGUGUUUUCCUUCCUCCUCUAUAAACCACUUUCAGUUUAUGGAAUAUGUAGUUAAAUGCCUCAGAACCUUAAUAGGAUAUGGCAUGAAGCAAAGAGAUUUGUUGACAAAAGGAAACUGAAAUGCAUUCUUUAGGUUAUGACCUCAUGACCUCAAAAGUGCAUUUAUUUUCCUUUUAUUGUAUUAAAAGUUGGUAAUCUCAGGACUCUCAUUACAAAACAUGUGACUGUUUGAACUACCAAUACUGCUGUAUCAUUUUUUUAUCCUUUCAGCAGUUAAGCUAUAGUGCUAGUGAAUAGUCCCAUUUUAAAGGUGACUUUUCUUUCCCUCUCCCCAUUCUCUUAAAAUCUGCAUUGCUUUAAUCAAAUGUGGAUCUGCAAUGUUGGUUAUAGUCUUUCAUUGGUUUUUAAUUUAACAUGUUAGAUUCCAAGAUGUAAUCUUACACAUUUGACAUUUUAUCACUGGACCAACACCUGGUGAAGGAAUGGAAUCCAUUAAGUAGAAAUAGUAUUUUUUUAAAUGAAAAACCUUUGUAAAAGAGAGGACAUUUUAAAGUUUAACGCUUGAAUUAAAUAACAGAGUUUUGCAGGCAUGUAUUUAAAUUACCAAGAUGAAUACUUUAGAGGGAACAAAACUUACUAAAAAUUUUAAUAUGGUGAUUUGAGGUCUCAUUAAAUUAAAAAGGUUGCAGUCUUUCAAAUGUAAAAAAAAAAGAAAAUUGGAAUGUGAGAUCAAGAAUAAUUAAACUUUGUGAUAGGUUGAUAGAUUCAUAUCCACAUGAGAUAUUACAAAUAACAUGUUUGCUUUUUUACAAAAAUAAUUUAGGAUUUUAUUAGUAUUUUGAGAAAUGGAAGAUUAAUAAAGUGAAUUUUAGGUUGAUAAUUGAAAAUAUCUCCUGAUUUUGGUUCCAUUACCAAACAGAUUGUGGUCAUUUAUGUUAAGAGUCUGGCCUUAUGUUAAUGCAUCCUAAUAUUAUCAUAUCUUCAAAAGGGCUGAUGUCCAUAUGUUUAAGAAAUUCUUAAUUAUCACUACUUGACCAUAUCUUUGUAGCCAUUCCCAUUAGAAAGACAUGGUUAGUUGUUGAGACUUUUUCAAUUGAUUUGUAUAAGCUGGUGGAUGUAACAGUGCUUGAAAAUACAGUUGUGUGGUCACUUUUCAGUGAUCUUUUAAAAUUUUGUUUGAACUACCUACACAUUUAUCAGACUCGAGAGAUGUCUGAAAUAGUGCUGGCCCUAAAAGGAACACAGAACAGAUAGCUUUCCAACCAAUGUGAACUUAGUAGGCUGCAUUCCAGGAACUGUUGUGAAUGGCUACAAUUGUGGACUGUCACCUGCAGUCCAAGAUUGUUAAAAACCAGACUGUAAAGAUCCCUUAGUGGGAUGUAUCUCUCAACCUUGUUAAUGGUUUUAUUUAUGUAGUUUAUUAAUGACUACUGAUAAAAUACUAUAAAUUGUGAAUGCUAAAUGAUGUGCUGUGGUACGUGCUGGUAAUGUAAUUUUAUAUGUAUAUUUAUUUAAGAAGGUUAUUUGGUUUUUUUACUUAAACUUUGAGAGGAUUGUGUCUAACAAGAGGCAGAAUUGUCAACCUUCUGCUGUAAAACCUAUAUGUGCUUUUUAGAGCUAUAUUACUUGAAAGCCUUACUACAUUUAACUUCAAAAUUGUGGAGGUAAUUUUUUUCCUCCAUCUUUACAACUGAUGUGUAAAUCACAUACUAAAUACCAUACAAUUCAGGUCCUGGGGCUAUAGGCAUUAUAGGUAAAGGUAUAGGACUUGGCUAGCAUAUUGGUUCCCUGAAUUCAAUCUCCAGCACCACCAUAAAAAGAAAAAGACCCUAAUCUGGAAAUGGUAUGAUACUGGAUUUACAGAUCUACAACUUGGCCAUUUGGAAUAGAGUUUAUCUUUUCUCUGUACCAGAGAAUUUGGAAGCAGUAAUGUUCUGUAGUCACCACUACUAGUAGCCUCACCAAGACAAUGGCACAAAAUAAAUCUCUUUUGUAAUAGAGGAAUAGGUUAGGAGAUAAUAAAAGAAUUUUGAUCUUUUUUUCCUUAAAAUGACAGAAAUUGGAGAUAGGAGAGUAUAAAGAGAUAGCAAAUAAUCAAGAUGGAAGAAAAUAUAGUAAGAAUUACCUGAAAUACUGCCUUAAGCAAUAAGAACACUUGUAAAUGAUGAGGAAUAGUCUAAUUUUUUCCUUUAAUACUUUCUUUUGGAUCCAUAUCUUUCAUUGUCUGAACAUAUUGUCUUUCUUAGUUGUAUUACUCUUUCAGUAGUUAGCUGUGAGGAAGGAGAGUUCAGAAGUAUUGUUAGAUUUGCAAGUAAUAUCUGAAUAAUCACAAAAGCAGAUCUAUCUGGUUAAAUGUAGCCUGAAAGAUGUUCUCUGUGUAAUUCCUUACAAAUGAAAAGCAGAUUUUUAAAACUAAGAAACCUUAGUAGUUGACAGUAUUUAUAGGGACUGUUGCUACAAAACAAUUGAAAGAAAAAAUCCUUUAAGUUUAUAAUUUUUCUUUAAAUUUAACCAGUGGGUUUAUGAUUUAGGGCAACCAGUUGAAUUAACUAGUAUAUAUGCUCUCAUAUUUAAAACACCAAAUCAGACUUAAGUAUGUAGGCUUUAUUUCUUUGAACUCAUGUCAACAAUGGUUUUGAAAAAAGACAUCCUUCAUGUUGCAUGACUAUGCUAAAUAUUUAAUACAGUUGAAUGUAAGCUAGUUAGUUAGUCUUGUAAAUCUUGUUUCCUAGUGUGAACAGGAUGAUACCUAGUUUGGAGAGUUCAGAAGUAUUGUUAGAUUUGCAAGUAAUACGUGAAUAAUCAAUAACAGACAAUUUUCAUGGCAGGCAUACAUCACAAAAAUGUAAAUAUUGGGGCUGGAGAUUUAGCACAGCAGCAUAAGCACCUGCCUUGCAAGUGCAGAGUUGUGAAUUCAAUCCCUGUACCAAAAACAAACAAACAAAAUGUAAAUAUAGUAUUUCAGUGUCCAGACUACUUUCUUAUGAGUCCUCUGUCAUACUGCAAAUUACUCUUAAAGAGUUUUCAGUUUUGAUCGCAAGUAUAAUUGUAUAGUAUGAACUUAAUAGAAAAGGAAACAGUUUUAGGUCAGAUGUCCUGUGAGAUAAGUAGUAAAACAAAUCUUGUUCUGAUCUUGGCAUUUUUACCACUUUGCUGAUGUCUUUUUGUCAUAUUAUUCUCUCAGUUUUUCUCAUUGGUGAAGGUAGAAUUUGAGACUUGGUCAAACUUCAAGAUUCCUUCUAACCUAUUGAGUUCACCCAUUUAGAUGAGUUUCAUGAAAGAGCUACCAGUUUAAACCUUUCUUGUCAACCUUUUUUUUUUUUUUUUUUGCCAGUAGGCCAUUUUGUGAUAAAUUUAAGUUUGCAAAUGCUAAUUAAAUAUGUCACAUGCCCAGGAAAACAUUUAAAGCAAUAAUAUAUCAAACAUUCAAUUCCUUGGUAUGGUCUCUUAAUAGCAGGUACUGGGAUACAGAAGAAAUAAAGCUAUCCUGCCCAAGAUCUCAGGCCAUAUGAAAAUGAUUAUCAAAUGUGGCAAACUAAAUAUAAAUGCUAUUGGCAACAAUUUGAUGUGAGAAGGUAACAGACUUUCUGUUUCAAAGUUAUUUUCUGCACAGGUAUUUAUGUAGUUCAAAAUGUAUAAACGAGGAUAUUAAAAGACUAUUUUCUGCAUCUCUUUAGUCACCCAGUUACUCAGAAUCAGUGUAUUAUUUGUGCAUUCUUCUGAGGCUAACUUUGAACUGAAUCUUAAAAGGGUCAUUCAUAUUAGAUUCCUGAUAAAGAGAAAGGGGUGAUUUUCUAAGCCUAAAGAGAAGGCAGUUUGUAUAAUGAUGUGCAAGAGUGAAAGUCUGUCACAUUGUAAAAUGAUGUGAGUAAUUUAACAGAAACAGAGUAGAAGACUUAAAUGUGAUAAAUUUAGAUUUCUGUAGUAAGUUUAUGGUUGUCACUAAAGGUGUUUUUUGAAGUUCUUGUUGUAAAGAGUAACACUGGUAAAUGUUACUCUUUUAGUACCCACUCAUUCAGUACCCACUUCAGUGACUGUUAUAUUUUUUAAAGUAAAAUCUUGUGAAAAAAGCCUCUUGUUUGGGGAGUAUGUGAAGGAUUGAGUCCCAGAAAUCAGAAUUCUCAUUCAGUAGCAUGUACUAAAUAGUUUGGCACACCUAAUUCUAAAUUUAAGUAUUCUGUUCGCUUCAAUAGUACCUUAGUGGUGAUGAAACAUUUGGUACAUGUUAAGAUACUCUACCAAAAGAUUUUUAUACAGCAUAAUAUGGAAACUGUAACCCUGUAUUAAAUACACAUCCACCUUUAUUGUCAGAUCCUGUGUACAACUUGUAAGAAAGUGUCCAUCUCCCCUCCCCCUUUUAUGGAUUAAAGAAUCAAACUAUAAGAAAUCCAAAGAUUUUUUUUCCUUUUUUUUGAGACAGUCUUCUGCCAAGUAGUGCCGACUGGCCUUGUACUCACUUAUGUAGCACAGGCUGGUCUCAAACUCCUAGAAAUCUUCCUUUCUGACCCUACCAAGUGUUGGGAUUAUAGGCAUGCACUUCCAGGCCCUGCUCCAUAACUAUUUUUGUAUUAGUUUUUAUUUUUAGUAGCACUUGUUUACACUACAUGAUUAUAUUCAUCAUGAAGAAUUGGAAAAUAUGUAUAACACACAUCUUAUUUCUUUUUAGGUCCCCUUCCUCUUAUCCCUUUUUUCUUGCUUUUCUUUCCCUCUUCCCUUCCUCCAUCUUUUGGUCCCUUUCAUAUCAUCUAUCCCUAAUUUAUUCUUUGGUUUUCUUAUGUAAAAGAAUACUUAGCUAUUAAGUGACAAAGUAUAGCCUCAUACUCAGAUUUUUAAGCCAUUGAGUGCUCUUGUAUUUUCUCAGAAGUUUUUGGCUUUAUUACUUGGCACACAGUGAGAUGGGAUGAAAGAAAAGUUACUGUAGCCAUUGAUGUGUUGUAUCAUAACCUCUUAAAUAAUAUGUUAAUUCUUUAUAAUUUCCAGAUAUUAAUACUAGAGACAAACGUUGACUUCUUGAGGUGUAGCUUAUACUGAUUUCAGACACUUACAUGAAAAUGCUGCUGCUUAUAUUUCCUGGGUUCUUAUAUUUCUCUGGGUUCUACCUAGAGAUCUUUAAAGUUGACUUGACACGUAUAAAACAAAACAAUGUGUUCUCUGAGUGCAAGAACCAUGUAGCUUAACCUUUCAGCUUUUACAACUUAAUUUUGGUAUUUGUGUGUUUUUCCUCUUUACAGUCAACCCACAAAUAUAGUGUCUUGCUAAAUAAAUCAAGUAAUUGUAUAUUACAUGCAUAUCCUUUUCUCGUUAUAUUUAUAUACAUUUAUAUACUUGGAAAUUAACAGACUAUCUAGGAUAUAAACUCAUAAAGGAAAGAAUAUAUUUUAUUCAGUACUUGUACAAAUCUAUUAGGAAAGCAGCAUUUUCAUUUAGGUAUCUGGAAUCAGUAUAAGCCACACCUCAAUCUUUAAAAAAAACUGGCUUCAUUGGCUCUAUAUUUAGAAUGGUAGUUUAUAUUGACAUGAGAUGAGUUGUUGGAAAACUGGCUUCAAUUUUUUUUUCUUAGAAGAAAAUUUGUGACCAAAACUGAAAUUCUCUUGAUGUUUUUACAUUUCAGUUAUCUCUUGAUGCUUUUGGAUUUUAGACUCUUACCUUGAAAUGAUCCUGUUAACACAAUUUUCCUUGGGCUCUUAGUCCCCUCAAUUUUUAUGUUAUUCCAAAACAGUUGUCUUUCAUGACCAAUGUUAGUAUGUAUGUCUUCCUCCCCCACCCUGCUUUGAAGUUCUUGAUUAACUAGAUUUUAUAGACUUGACUCCUCCUAACAAUUCCUGUUCAUCAAUAUUUUGAGACAGCUUCUUGCUAUUCGCUAUAAAAAAGAAAAACAAAACAAAAUGUCAUUUUAUAAAUAACAUCCCUGUCCAGAAACAAUAACCAAAAAGAAAAACACUUUUUUGUGUGUGGCAUUGCUGGUGAUCAGACCUUUGACCUUGUGCAUUCUAGGCAAGUGUUCUACUGAAUUACAUCCCCAACCCAAGAUUGCAUGUCUCAUUUAAAACUUAAUCAGUAAAAUCUAAACUAUAUAAAUUUUUCUGUUGGAUCUCGAUUGUGAAACUACAAAUGGCUUCAUUUUUUGAAGAGUGAUUGUUAAUUAUCACCUUGUGUAACCUAAGGGUAUUAUAAUAUGUUUUAACAGACUUUGGAUCCAUUUAUUCUAUUUCACAAUUGCUUUUCACACCCCAGGAGUUAUCACCAACUCUGGAUAUGUUCUGUUUUCACUUUACAUUUAACUUGUUGUGCUGAAAAAAAUGCUGAGAUUUCAUUACUUAAGUCUUACAACUUCAUUUGAAACAAAACCAGUUUAUUUGACAAGUUAAAUAUUUAUUUCCAGAGACAAUAUCUGAAGUUAUUUUCUCUAAAAAUUAUAAUAAAUAUAUGUAUUUUUAAAUAUAUUUAAAGUGAAUGUCCUUUGAUGAAUUUUUAAUUCUCAACUCAGAAGAUAACUUCCAAGCUUACUAUUUGUUUUCCUCCUGUAUUUACUGCCUGCCUCUCUAGAUCAUCCCAUUUAGAUUUGUCCCCAAACAUGGGCUGGGGAUUUAGCUCAAAGGCAUAAGCACCUGCCUUGCAGGCAGGCGGUCAUGAGUUCAAUCCCUAGGUACUGCUUAAAAAAAAAAAAAAAAGAUUUGUCCCCAAACAGAUCUGUGAUGCUAGCAGACUACUUACUAUAUGGUCCUGUACAAUCCUGUUUUUGUUUUUAUUUUUUAAGCCAAAUUUUUGGUUGGUUUUUAUUUGAUUUGACACAUUGAUUUGUAAUUACAAAGAGUCAUCUAACAAAUAUGUUCUGAGAGGAUGUAAGAUGUUAAAUAAACAGAACUUAGAAGCCUCUUAAACUUUGUUAUUAGCUGUUCUACUCAGUGCAUUUGAUAUUAGAAACCUAGUUAAAAGCGGCUAAGUUUUUAAAAGAUUGCAAAGCAUUAGGAGUAGGACAAACAAGAAGCAUAUAUUAAAAAGUUCUAACACUGCUUUGGUGAUGCUCUCUGACAACUAAUGUCUGUCUGCCUUUUUUGGCUUAUCUAAAAGAACCACCUAAUAGUUAAAUUUUUAAAUUCAAUAUAUAACACAAUUCAGUGAGUCUUAAUCGGACUUUUUUUUUUUUUUUUUUUUUUUUUUGUGCCAGGGAUUGAACUCACAACCUCGCGUUUGCCAAGCAGGCACUUACGCCGCUGAGCCCUGGCUUUAAUCUGACUUUUUAAGUCACAGAAUUCUGUCUUGUUUGAUGAUCAUUGACAGUUGACUGCCAUUCCAGUAGACCUUGGAAAUGGUUUCUUACUUUGUCUGGCACUUAUAGGGCAUCAGAAUUGCAGUUGAUCAAAUUCAUUUGUAUGUAGAAUAAUAACUAUGGAGCAUAUUGUGUAUCCCAGGAAGCUUUAUGUCAGUGCUAGCAAGCCUUUUAGAGACAGUGUAUCCAAACUGCAAUCCAAAACCCACUUAUUUAUUGUAAAAUGCUAACAUUGCAGUUAAGCCCAAAUACUGAAGUUUUAGUUUAGAAAAAAACAACUUACUAUAUUUGGCUUGCGUGUCCAUCAUGGCAUGCUUGCCAUAGGUUCACUGCCACUGCUUUAGGUAUAUAGUCUUAAUUCUUCAACUACCCUGCAAAACUAAAUACUUCUAUUACUGUUUAACAGACAGAUCUGGAAAAGCGAAAAUUUAACUAUGCUAUGUGUUUACCAUAGUGAUUUAAGAUCAUAAAACCCAGGUCUACACUGCUACCUGCUAGCUUUGUGACAUCAGGCAGUUUACUUCUAUCUGAUCCACUUUUCUGUGAGAUGGGACUAACAACAGCACUCUUUGUUAGGGCUGUCAUGAAAAGAGUUAUUAAAUGUAAAGCCCUUAGAAUAGAGUCUGGCAUAUAAUAUUUAGCACUUGGCAUUCUGUGCUAUUCUGCUAUACUAUGGGUCAAGAAUUCUAAAAGUCAUGUGACAAGUAUUUUUUCCUCUAAGAGUACAGUCAGGUGGUAAGGAAGACCAUAGAACUAUGCUGAAGAGGAGAAAGAAUUGUAAAAAGUUUACUCGUUGAAAAACUACUUCUGAGAUAACUAAGUGUGAAGCAACAUAGAAGCAGAUUGCCCAGAUGAGCCCAGUUCAGAUUCUGUGAUGUAGCCAGGUAUGGUGGUGUAUGUCUAUAAUCCUAGCACUUAGGAUGUUGAGGCAAAAGGCUUACCAUGAUUUUGAUGCCCACCUGAACUACCUAGUAUAUUUAAGGCCAGCCUGAACUACAUAGCCAGACCCUGUUUCAAAAAAAGAAGAACAACCAAAAAACAAAGAUUUGGUGGUGUUAGUCCUAGGAAAUACAUCCCAAAAGAGUGGUAGAGAUAAAUGAUGAGUAUAGUAAAUAGACUUUUACACUUCAAGGGGCAUUAUACCAAUGCAGGGAGUUACCUACAUACCAGUACAUCCAAAGAUAUACUAGUCCAGAGAAAUCACACAUAAAUAAAACAAUUCUAAAAGUGGAAAA